AUGGCCAAACCACUUCCCAGCCUGCCUGCCUUUAAAAUGGCCGAACCUGAAGAGGUCGGCUCGUUUAUCUACAGUGCAGAUCUGGACAGAGCAGCCGCAGCAGACUACAAACCGAAAACACAGUACCGGUAUGGCCUCGCUGGCGACAAGUACGACGUGGAAUUCCAGAGGAAAGACGUGAAAGACGCGAUCCACAUCAUCACGUCCGAAAUUAAACGCAAAGGAACAAAAACGCCGUAUCUACUAUUGCCCUUCAGACCACAACAACACGAGCCGGCCCUCAAAUCUUUCCUAAAUGAGAUAUUCGACAACGGAAAAGUGGCAGAUCCAGAAAUAAUCCGCGAAGAAGUCAGGCAAGUGAGCCCCUACGUGCUGAUCAGCGCGCUCAAAUUUUUCUGGUGUCGACUCCCGGGAAACUGCGUGAUAGGCUGGAAGACGUACACCAAGUUCGUCACGCUUGACGAGGAGGCAGGCUUCCCCAAACGUGCGUUUUUGGAGUUCAUGCCCAGCUGUCUUUCGUCGGGCGCGCAUGCGUCGAUCGUCUAUGAUUUCUUUGACCUCAUCGUUGCACUGAUUCUCAACUCAAAGCACAACAUGCUUAGUGCAAAGAAGGUGGCCAGGCUAUGUGGCCUGUGGGCAUUCCAUCCGGUGAAGAAUAAGCAAAACGAAACCCCAAGUUUCGAGAGAGGCAUGUACGAGUGGAUACCUGCAGGCGAUGCAACCUUCCAUUUACUGCUUUCCUUCUUGAACUCGAUGCCGCCAAAGGGCCAGAUCGAAAAGCUGCCCAAAUCAUUACAACAUAUUCUGAAAAAUACACCAUACCCUCCACCGGCAACAACCACCUCCAGCUCGUCCUCGCGUUUUCUCCAGGAGGUGCCGAUGGUCACUAUCAAGGUGAACAAUCCAUCAAAGAAUCCGGCUGAACUGCUGGUAAGAGUCUCCAAGACCCUGAAAUUCAAUGACCCCACCGUAUUCUACACAAGAGAAGACUAUCUACUCCUCAAGCGGCUAUUUAAAGAUGUGGACGGUCUUAUAAGCAAGCUCUCGAGCGAAGGAAGCCGUCUUUUGGACAAUAUGUGCAUAUACGACGAAGACAUGAUCAGCGAUGGCACGUCGGGUAACAAGCUGGCUUACAAGCUUGUUCCAGGUUGGUCGGAAGAUAUGACAUCUCCCAAGCCCGUCGAGCUGCGCGAUGCCGAUUACUUCACAGCUACCGUUUCGAGGGCUACUAUAGACGACUACUUCAUAUGGACAUGGUUGGCUUCCCUGGGUAGCGAGGAAACUAGUGCCAAAAAGAAAAUGUUUGGUAAAACCUACAUCCUAGAGGUCGAGCUUGCAGAAGGAUUCAAGAAAUGGGUCAUUGUGGAAGAGCAGGAUAUUGAAAGGGAUGGCUAUGAUAUUGAGAUAGAGCUCAAGCGGGAAAAACUCAAGGAUUUGCAAGACAAGAUUCGGGAGGCUGAGAAGGAGGUCGAGAAAAUGAAGUCGGCCAAUAGAACGAGGGUUGUGUCCGAGAGCAAAGACCUGAAUGAUAUCACCAAUAAAAUGUCCGAGCCUCUUCCGUCCAAGCCAUAUCAAACGAGCCCGUUGCCGCCUCCUCCUGUGCCUGAAAAGGAUUUUCCAAGCACUCCUGACGGGAAAGAGAACGGGUCUCCCAACCCUCCAAAUGAGCGCGGAGUCAAAGCCAAUAGCGGCAGCUCUUAUUAUACUGCAGUCCAAACUCCGUCUCCUGUGAAGGACGAAAGAAAACCGCCACCAAUGAGACCCAUUAGCGAACAAUCACAUGAGGUUGACAGUUCAGGAUAUUCGUUGCCACCUCCGGCCAGUCUGCCUGAAAACAAGCCCAUGCACGUUAAUAACAGACUCCCACCACCGAAGGACGACUACUUUGCUCCACAGCCGCAGCAGACACAUCACAGCGAACAGCCUGCCAAUGUUUUGCAAAACUCUCCUGGGUCGUACAACCAAAAACCUCUUCCACCGGCAAAGCAGACAGUUGUUCCGGGCUCCUUUUCAUACCAGGCACGGGGACCUGCUUCUGCAAAGCCUUCGCCAGAAGCCACUACCACUGCUGCCCCAGCAUCUCCUUCCUUGGCACCAAUGGCAGCCUCGUCGCCGGCUUCAGUCUCCAUGUCCAGCUUUGAGCCGCCAAAGAUGCAGCAGCAGAUACGCAAUUCCAAGAUUUUCGACGAUAUCGAAAGUUUGGAGUCUGAACUGAUGGAUGUCUUGAAGGAUGACGAGGAGCCCACGGACUCAGCCGAUCCGUCACCGCAGAAACCUACACUAUCGCCUCCUGUUCAAACACGCGCUCCAGUGCAGACGGCACCACCAUCUAUUCCAAACCAGGCCAUGCAACGCUACUCUCACCACGGCGCUCCUUCUAUGGGCUACGGCAUCAACGCUCCUCAUCCAGCCUACGCAUCGUCGACUCCACGGUCUCGCUCGUCGUCUCCGCUGCGCUACGGCCAGAGCUUAUCGCCGUCACCGGAACACGUGGCGCAGUCUCCCUACGGCUCUCCCAGCUUGGAACAACGCGGCAGAAUGCCUCCUCCGAUGCAGGCAGUGCAGGCAGUGCAACCAAUGCCUAUGAACUACUAUCCACAAUACCCCAAAUACCGUACAUACCCGGUGCCCCCACCAAACGGCUAUGCUGUUCCACACGGUGCUCCCUACGGAGGCUACCCUCCGCCAAAUGGCUACGCUGCUGCUCCUAUUCCUCCUCAGGGCUACGCACCUGCGCCAGCUUAUGGUGGUGGCCAUUUUGCCCCUGCUCCUGUGGGCCUUGCGCCCCGCCACAAGAACAAGAACCAGAACACAAACAAGACUCAGGCGCGCAAUGCUCUCAUGAAAGGCGAUUUCGGUAUAUGA